AUGCUGUUUGACGAAGUCGUUGUCCAGUACCCUGGCGCUGAGGUUCGACUGGGGCCGAAUGCAAGUGUCGUGGAAGACCCCACCUUUGAGUCUGCUAUGGUGAAGGCCCGGAGCAACCCACCUCGAUUGCCGUUUCCUUCGACCGACAUCGAGCAUGUGCGAGCGGCUGUUCUCUGUGACGCGGUUCGGUUCAAUGUGAUCAACCCCCUUGUCCAAGCCAACAAAGCCUCGCUACCCCGUCCAAACGUGAUGUCGAUGCAUAUGGAGCUUCCAGAUCGCACUGUGCACUGCAACGCGGCGGUGUCCGUAUGCGGAAUCGCCGAUGGCAAGACCAUAUGCUGUGACCAGGCGUCGGAAGUGUGCAUUGUUCGUCGGGGAUGCCUAAGUCAAGACAGGUUGACUGUGGCGUAG